ACACAAGCCAAUCUGUUGUUACUGCAGCAAUAACAAAAUGACUUUUAUAGUGAAUGUGGCUUUGCUUUGUUGAGAAUCACUGAUUUUACUCCUGCAGUGUUCAUCACUGCUACAUGUCUGCAUCAGAGAAUGAUUGCUGGGGAAAUCAGAUGUGCCAUUGCCCUCAUAUGCACCACUGCACAGUUGCCUAGACCUGUGAUGUCUGGGUUCUUUCAGCUCAUUUACUUGCUAAAUUGAAGUAUGGAUCUGAUAGAUUCUAUGUGUCAUCUUCUGGGUGGAAAAGUAUACUCUAAUGUGUUAGAAAAAGUUUCUUUGAGUGUGACUGCUACAAGUUCAGUAAUUUUCCAUGUUGCUGUAGAGUCUGAGUUCUGAUUCUUCUUAAAGAAACUGUAUAUCCUGUGGUAACUUUAAAACUGUUGUCUACCCUGUCUUGGCUCUCAGUGGUGGGAAACAAUGAAUGCAGGUGGUGGUGGAAUAAGUUCUGAUUUGACUUUGUUCUUGAGAGUUUGGAAAAUGAAAUACAAACAUCCUCUGUCAUGUGGGACACAACUGUUUACAACACAUCCUUUUUUCUUCUUGCCUCUUUCCCCUCUGCCAGUUGCAGAAUAUCUUUACACUCUUUCUGUGUUCCUCCCCUGGGAGCAGAGGGCUUGCCUGGUUUGUGUGGAGUUGGGCUGUUGAGAGGAUGGGAGAGAGAUACAGUGCAUGGCCCAAGUGUGUUUCAUCCUGUUCUCAAAGGAGAGAAGGUUGGGGAACAUCCCUUCUCCUCCUCUCCCUCCCUCUUCUCUCUUUUUCCUAUCUCCUUCCAAAAAAGGGACUGGAUGUUAGAUAUUGACCUAUCACAAUGUGGGUCAGUCUACAAAAAAAAAAAAAAAAAAAAAAAAAAAAAAAAAAAAAAAGAGGAGGAGGAUGGGGGGAGGAGGGCUGUGCAAAUACAGUGAGACAACAGAAAUUAAUAGAGCAGAACAAAACUCUGGAAAGAAGAGUGCAUGGCUCAGGGUAAAAGGGUUUUGUUGUUGAUUCUGAGUUUUUUAAUGGGCGUAUGGGGAGGGGAAGCUUCUUUUAGGGUGACUAUAGGCUAGCAAAAUGGGUGGGGGCUGUAUGAGCUGCAAGUGCAGAAGAUUUUUGUGUUAUUCUCAGAAUUUAGUUUCCCUAAAAUGAGGUACAUAGGGUGUAACCUUGUUGAAGGUUAAAUUGUUUGUGUGUACAGUGCAGUCUUAUGUGUAUGUAGGCAUCAGAUCAUCUCUUGAGUAUGGCUUAGUGGGUGUGUACCUUGCCAUGUGGCUUGGUCUGCCUUAGGUGCCUGACUCCUCUACCUUCUGCUUCUGAGCUGAUGGCUACCUGCUCCACUCUUGCUGACCCUACUGGUCUUCUGUCCCAGUGACACUUUCCCCUUGUUCCACUGACUGUACUGACAGCUGUGAAAUUGUGACUGGGGCAUCUCUUCAGACUGCUCACUCCUCUAAGGAAAUAACACUGAGGAGAACUGCAUUUGGAUCUGCACUUGUUGUGCAGACAGACAAGCACGUUAAGCUGACAUGGGGUGCAGCAGCUGCAGAUGCAAGCACUGCGUGUGUUUGUGAGUCUGGUCUUGGCCCGUGGGCAGCUCUUUAGCAAUCCCAACUGGAACCUCACACCAAAAGGCACCAUGAUUAUGAUGACUGAUGUCACUGCAGCCCCCAGACUGGGGUCAGCUGCCACCACUCCAGCUGUGGCUCCUAACUUCUCCUGGGUGCCAGAGGAUGGCAGCCCCACGGCUGUGGAGCAGCCAAUAUUCCUCAUGACCACUGCUGCUCAGGCUAUCUCAGGUUUCUUUGUAUGGACAGCUUUGCUCAUCACCUGCCAUCAGAUCUACAUGCAUCUCCGCUGCUACAGCUGCCCAAAUGAACAGCGCUACAUUGUUCGGAUCCUCUUCAUUGUGCCCAUUUAUGCCUUUGACUCAUGGCUCAGUCUCCUGUUCUUCACCAAUGACCAGUACUAUGUUUACUUUGGCACGGUGCGGGACUGCUAUGAAGCCUUUGUAAUAUACAACUUUCUCAGCCUCUGCUAUGAGUACUUGGGAGGGGAGAGCUCCAUCAUGUCUGAGAUCAGAGGGAAACCAAUUGAGUCUAGCUGUGUGUACGGGACUUGCUGCCUGUGGGGAAAGACCUAUUCAAUUGGCUUCCUGAGAUUCUGCAAACAGGCUACCCUGCAGUUCUGUGUGGUGAAGCCCCUCAUGGCGAUCAGCACAGUCAUCCUUCAGGCCUUUGGCAAGUACCAGGAUGGUGACUUUGAUGUAACCAGUGGCUACCUCUAUGUGACGAUCAUCUACAACAUCUCUGUCAGCCUGGCACUGUAUGCCCUCUUCCUUUUCUACUUUGCCACACGUGAGCUGCUCAGUCCCUAUAGCCCAGUCCUCAAGUUCUUCAUGGUGAAGUCUGUCAUCUUCCUGUCCUUCUGGCAAGGGAUGCUGUUGGCCAUCUUGGAAAAGUGUGGUGCCAUCCCCAAAAUUCACUCUGCUAAUGUGUCUGUGGGUGAAGGCACAGUAGCUGCUGGCUAUCAAGACUUCAUCAUUUGUGUGGAGAUGUUCUUUGCAGCCAUUGCCCUGCGCCAUGCCUUCACAUACAAGGUGUAUGUGGACAAGAGAAUCGAUGCCCAAGGUCGCUGUGCUCCCAUGAAGAGCAUCUCCAGCAGCCUCAAGGAGACGAUGAAUCCCCAUGACAUUGUCCAAGAUGCGAUCCACAACUUCUCUCCAGCCUACCAGCAGUACACCCAGCAGUCGACACUGGAGCACGGUCCCCCCUGGCGCAACGGCAGCCAUGUGAUCUCGCGCUCCCACAGCUGCUCCGGUGCCCGUGACAACGAGAAGACCCUCUUGCUGAGCUCCGAUGAUGAAUUCUAGGAGGGGAAGCUGCCAGCACAGGCUGUCAUUUUCCUUUUUUUUUUUUUUAAUAAUUUAUUAAUGCAGAAACAAGUCAUAUCACUUCCUAGAGAGUAAAGAUUGCAGAAGUUGGCACUUCCCAUUAGCUUUUGUGGGUACGGACACAAUGAGCAGUGCGGAGGUGGCAGAAUGGCCAGGACUCCAUACUCGAGCCCAUUCUUUAUGGCAGCAAUCAAUUUGAAUUGAUUCAAGCAAAGCUCCAGGAUUUGGGGCUCUGGCUUCCCACACCUGCCCAGCUUGGUGUGGAGUGUGACUGACCAGAGCCUAGAGUUGUAACCAAAAAUGUUUUUGGUUUUUUUUCUAACAGGACAACCUGACUGCUUUCUAAUUCUUUUCCUGAAUGGUUGAUGUAGGCACAGUUUUUCUCUCCAGUGCCCUGGUACUAACAUCUCAGUGAUCCUUGGGAAAUAGGAUGGGGAUGCAGCCAUAAGCGCGUUCCUGAGGACCAGAUCAGAGACCGGUAUUUCUAAAUAGCCAUUGCCCUGAGUGCUGAGUAAGGAGCAUCUGUCCCCAUCCUCCUGAGCACCUAGUUAUAAGUCCUGGAGUCACUUGAAGGAGCAAGGGAGAAAAGGACAGAGUUUCUUCAUGUUCCUUGGCCGUCUGCAUCCCCAGUUGUUAUAAAAGCUUGUUGAAGCUCAGUGGGGAUGGAAUUAUCUUUUCACAAGGGUUGAGUGUUUUAAUCACCAGGUGUCCAAGCUUCCCAUCUCCCUGAUGUUCCUGUGGCAGGAAGCCUCCCUGGAGCAUCUUUCUCCUGCUAGCAACUCUCAGGACUGGCUAUGAUAGAUGGUGAAAGUUUGUAGAGCUCUGGCUUCUUCACCCCUCUUUGGGAAGGGAAGAUAUGUAAACACAAAACCAGUUUUUCUUCUUGUUUCCUGUCCCCCAGCAUUACGUCUGCCCCUGUUAGAGGUAGCUGCCAGAGCAGGUCCUGGUCUCUCACAGGCAGCUCUCCCCAUGCUCAUCAUCACUGACUUUCCCCGAGCUACACAAGUUUCACCCUUAGGCUGGAAUAUUCAGGAAGGAAUGAUGCACACUCCUUUGUUUAUUAUCUCUGUAGCUGUUCUGGGGCAGACCGGAGCAGACUUGAAACCUGACAUGACCUGCCAGGUCAAAUCUGUCCCUUUUAUUUUCUCAGGCAGCAAUUGCUGCUGCACAUUUCACAGGCUCUGCUGCACCUGCAGUGCUGUCAAGGGUGCAACCAGCAUCCAUAGAAGUUGAAGAGGCUUCCCCUUGCUUAUGUUGGGUUUUGGAUGAACCCAUGGGUACUUAGUGGAGCCAAAACAAAAGAGAUCCCUCUGUAGAUCUGUCCAGGGACCAGGAAAUGCCUCUUGCUUGCUUAAAAUUAUCUAGGAGAAAAGUGGCAGCACACUCAAGUGCUAUAGCUCAGAUUCUCCUAUGUGCAAGCAGGAAGCAAAAUUGAGAGAUUGGAGCAAGCUACUGUGUUCAGCUGUAGUUUCUCCAUUCCUCUCCUGCUUUAUGCCUCCCCUGCCGAUAGCCGACCUGUGUGAUUCUUGAUUGCUCCUUGCUGUCCUGCUGGGAGAACUGGAGUCUGGUUUGCUACCUGGGGUUUACCUUUCCAUUUGUUUCCUGAUCCAUCUGCUUGUUCACUGAGUGUCUCAGAAGCGACAGUGAGUGAAGAGCACCUCAUUUAUUAAGCACCUCUGCCCAAGCUGGGCAAAAGAGCUUGAAGAGAGGCAGGUUUGCUCCUUGCUGUGAGGAUCAGGUAGAGGAAAGCCUAAGGAUAGUGCCUCCUCCGCUACUUAUGCUUCUGGGGGAUGGUGAAACAGGUGGGAGCAGCAGUACCUUUGAGGGAGCUGGAGGAGUGUCAGUGGAUCCAGCAGCUUCUCUGCUGCUGGAUUUCCCCAUUCACACACAUUCUGCAAUGCCAUGCUGUUGGUUAUUAAUUUUCGUAAGUUUGUGACUGCUUAAUUAAACAUGCAAACACAUUCUGCCAGGCUUUGUGUGGGCUUGGUGUAAAACUUCUCAUGCAUAAGCUGCUUGGAAAGCAGGACUGAAGGUUGAAUAGACUUUGCUUCUGUUUUCUAUGGCUUUGAUUAAUAUUCCUUUAAUGUGAGAUACUGAUUUUACUCUCUCUUAGGAAACUGGGGCAUGGGACAUGAUCCCAUCUGCCCCUUUCUUUGCAUUUGCAGGUCUUGAUGAUGUCCCAGUAUCACUUGGUUACUGCCCCCAAUCUUUGUUGCAUUUGGGUGGCUGAAAUCUGUGUGAUUGCCCCAUUGAGCAUGAAGGUGGUCUAGGCUUAGAGAAGCAUGUCUUAGAACUUAUUUUGAAAUGCUUCCUGCACACACACACAUAUAUAUAUAUGUGUAUAUAUAUGCACUGUGCAGAAGAUCUGGAUAUUCUUAAAGCAUCCUGUGUGUAAUGGUUUCAAUUAUAACUCUUUUGCACCAGCUGCCUUUGGAGGAGCCUGGUGAGCUAGUACCCAACAAGCCAGCUGCCCUACUUUAUAAUUUUUAUAUAUAUAUAUAUAUAUAUGUUUUUUAACACCACACAAAAUCAUCCAUCACUGAGCUUCCUGCUCUUCCUCAUGACCAGCAAGUGCCAGAGCAAGCAGUGGCUCUGAAGCCACUUUGUGUUGGAGGAACAAAUAUGAGAUCCAAAGCUUGAGACCAAGAAGGCCAAGGCAUCCAUGGUCUUGUUGGUCUGCUCGUGGUAGCCAAGGACCCAAGAAACGUGCUGGUUCCAGGAGCAGACCCUUGGAGCUGCUCUCCCUCACCUGCUUCCGCUCUCCUUCCUUUUUUGUUUACUAUGUAACAUACCCAUGGGAUUUAUUAUUUUUCCAUAUAGAGUAGUUCUUUGUAUAUAAAUGACUGAAAAAAAGUAUGAUAAAUAAGACAGAGUCACCUAGUUUUGUACCUAUUGUGUUUAACUGAUGUGAGCUCAGCGACAAGCCGCUCUCUAUUUUGGUCUUUGUGACGUUAUACUCCACAGAAAUGAGCAAAUAUGACAAAUAAAAAAUAUAGAGAUAAUAUAGAUUGUA